GUAUAGGUUGCUAAUGAAUCACGGUUAAUUGAGAUCACAUCCACUUGCUCCCUCUGGUUGAGAAUUAGAAGAAGCAGUGAAUUGUUAUGUUUCCUGUAUAUCUAUUUGAUGCAACCAACUUCUUGUCUUGAUAAUGGAUUGCAUUCUACUAGCUGUAGUCAUUUCAGUUCAGGGUUUAUAUAUGGUACUAAGUUGUAGAUAGGAUGACAGAUACUCGACUUGUGUGGAUUUUGGUGCAGAUCAUCCGGUGAAGAUCUGCAAAGGUUGUCUAUAUUGUCCGGUCAAGGUCAAUCCAGCUAUCUACCAUCCCGAGGGAUAGUGCAUCAUGGUGAGCAUAAGGAGCAUGUGUCAGACGAGUUCAGUACCCUGGACAGGUUUCCGUCCAGUUCACCCCCGCAGCUUCCUGGGACAGACCUGUAAUGCAAAUGCUCAGACAUGGGAAACGGUAGGAGGAACAUGAUGACAACCACUGACACACUUUGCUUCUUCUGUUACUACGUGUUUAGGAUAUCUUCGUUUCAUGUUAAGAACUUAGCCGUUAGAAGAACAGAAAGUAUGCGUGUUAAUACCGUGAGCUGUCAAGAUUCCGCUAAUAAUAUAAAAUGAAAGUGACGCGCGACGAUGACCGAUUAACCUCCCAUCUGAAUUAAUUAGCAUAUUAACUUUCAAGAGCUUCAAGUGACCCAUAAAUCGUUUAUCCUCUCAAUUUUUAUAUCAUACCCACUCAUUUCUUCUUCCUCUUGCAGAUAAUUCCAUAGCCAGGCAGAAAGAAGAUCUUGAUGGAGCUGUUGAUAGCUGCAACUAUAGUUUCAGCACCGUUCAUCCUCUUCUCCGUUUACUAUCUGCUUUCCAAAUAUGUGCAUUCAGGCGGAAGGUGUUACUUGCUGAGCUACCAGUGCUACAAACCUCCAGACGAGCAGAAAAUGAGCACCGCAAACUCCCUGCAGAUCGCCCUCCGGAACAGCAACCUUGUCCUGGAAGACUACCGCUUCCUCCAAAAGGAGAUGGUCAGCUCGGGGAUAGGCGACGAGACUUACUGUCCGAGGAACAUCAUGGAAGGCCGGGAAGCCUCCCCAUCGUUGCAAGAAAGCCUCAAGGAAAUGGACGACAUCGUCUUCGAUACCCUGGACCGGCUCUUCGCCGCGUCAGGAAUCUCCCCUUCCCAGGUCGACAUCCUCAUCACGACAGCAUCACUCUUCGCGCCCUGCCCGUCCAUCUCAUGUCGGAUCGUGAACCGGUACAAGAUGAAAGAAGGGAUCAAGUCCUACAGCCUGUCCGGCAUGGGGUGCAGCUCCAGCCUGGUGGCCGUCGAUCUGGUGCGGCAGCAGUUCAAGCUGCAGCCCAACGCCCUGGCUGUUGUAGUGAGCGCGGAAACUCUCGGGGCUAACUUUUACCGUGGCAGGGACAGGUCGAUGAUGCUGCAGAACGUCACGUAUCGAACCGGAGGCGCGUCCAUCCUGCUCACAAAUUCCCCAGCCUUGAAGCAUAGAGCCAUGUUGGAGCUUACAGCUCUGGUCCGGACCCAUCCGUCCAGCGACGAGUCGUACGAAUGUGCGAUUGAGAUGGAGGACGAGCAGGGCUACCGAGGCUUCCGCGUCCUGCUCCCCAAAGUGGCCAGAGUAGCGAGGCAGUGCUUGGUGGAGAAUUUCAAGGUUCUGCUCCCCAGCGUGCUUCCCGUCUGGGAAAUCAUCCGAUUCGCCGUGCAGCUAUCAACCCCACUCCGCCUUCUCCGCCGCCGCAGCAGACGCAAGAGGAUCAAUAUGAAGACAGGGAUCGACCAUUUCUGUCUGCAGCCGAAUACGAGGGCGCUGGUCGACGGGUUCCGGACCAGCCUGGAGCUCGAGGAAGAUGACAUGGAGCCUUCCAGGAUGACGCUUCAUCGGUUCGGAUUCACGUCCUGCAGCAGUUUAUGGUACGUUUUGGGGUACAUGGAGGCGAAGAAGAGGCUGAGGAAAGGGGAGAAAGUGUUGAUGGUGAGCAUGGGAGCAGGGUAUAUGUGUAUUACUUGUGUUUGGAAGGUGGUCAGGGACGACUUGGGGGAUUCCAACGUGUGGGGAGAUUGCAUUCACGAGUACCCUCAACAGGCGUCGGUUAAUGAUUUCGCGUUUAAAUUCGGUUGGAUUCAAGAGGAUUGUGUCAACUUUAUUAGAUACGAUGAUUAUGUUCGUGCUCAGUACUCUCGAUACUAAGGAUAGAGUGACUAAAUAUUUUGAUUGGAUGUUGUUAGUGGUGUUACAAAUUACAAGUGAUGUCUAGUACUUUUUAGAUGGGUUGAGUUCGCUGCUUAAAGGUUGAGGUGGGUAAAGAUGUCUAAAUUUUUUUUACCCCCUGAUAUGCCUAAUAGUACGUACACUUGAGAUGGUAUAAGUUUUCUACUUCAAGAAUCAAGACGCAAGUGCUUAAAGAUGUAUAAUAUUCUCGAGAAAACACAAUUUCCUGCUACUACUUUGUAGUAAUGCCUUAUAACCCUUUGAUGCCAUGAGUGGGCUCAAGCACUCUCCUAUAGAAGAAAUAUCGAUUCCAAAACACAGAUCUAGAUCUUAUCCCAGGUUUAUGAUUUCUACUAUGACAUGAAAUGUAUAAGUUUAGAUUGUAUCAUAAAAGAAUUUGUACCAUUAUGUUAUGGUACAACUUUACAACUUGAAGUUGUACCAUCACAUAAAGGUACAAGUUCAAG